GUGCUCGCAGCAAUAAUAAUACGCAUAAGCUAAACAGUUGUGUGGAAAUACUUUAAAAUUUAAGCGGUGACUGUGUGUGGCAAGAUAACAAAAAUUAAUUAUAAGUGGAAGUGUGCUAACUAACAGAACCCAAAAAACAUAUCAGUGAAAAUGCUAAGCAUGACGGAGUUUGUGGAUAUGAGAAUGCAGCAGCAGAUCGCGCAUGAAUUAUAUAGACAGCAAAUUAUGCAGCGUAUACCGGAUCCAUUUCCACCUAUGCUGCCGUUUCAUAUGCCCCAUCACUUAAUAGUGCCACAACGGCCGGCGCUGCCUGGUGUAAAAGCAAAAUUGGAAAACGACGAACUGUGGAAACAGUUUCAUCGAAUCGGUACGGAAAUGAUCAUUACAAAGAGCGGAAGGCGCAUGUUUCCAUCGAUGCGUGUGUCCGUCUCUGGUCUCGAAAACGAAGCGAAUUAUUGUGUUUUGCUCGAAAUGGUUCCCGUUGGUGAUUGUCGCUUUAAGUUUUCUGGCUCACAUUGGAUACCUGCUGGCGGUGCUGAGCCUCAGAGCCCCCAGCGCAUGUUUCUGCAUCCCGACAGCCCAGCCACUGGUGCACAUUGGCAAUCCCAAGCCAUUAUUUUUAACAAAGUUAAACUCACCAAUAAUACACUGGACAGCAAUGGACAUAUUGUGCUCGCCAGCAUGCAUAAGUAUCAACCGCGUCUGCACAUCAUCCGUACCUCAGACCUAACGCAGCUGCCGUGGUCUCCGCAACAGGCUUUCGUUUUUCCCGAAACAGAAUUCGUUGCAGUUACUGCUUACCAGAAUGAUCGAAUUACAAAGUUAAAGAUUGAUAACAAUCCCUUUGCCAAAGGAUUCCGUGAAACCGGUCAGUCACGUUGCAAGCGCAAGCUAAACACCUUGAAUUCCGACGAAGAGGAUUUAGGCGAAAAUCCAUCCAGUCCCAGCAAAAAUUCAUUUGUGUCUAGCGAGGAUGAUCGUAUCAGCGUGAGCAGUGGCCGGAUGGACUCGUCAUCAAUAAAACGCUGCCGCUCGUUCGACUCUUACGAUGAUGAUAUUUAUCUAAACUCGAGCAGUUCACGUAGCUGUGAGAGUAUGUCGCCGCUGCAAUAUGAUGAAACAAUGUACUCGGCAAUGGCAAUGUACCACAGAGACCCCAUGCAGUAUCAAUUCUUAAAUAGUCCGCCCAUAGAUAUUGCUGCCGCUACAUAUUUAGCCGCUGCAGCCAACAUCAAUCCACCAAUGUCCUCUCCACCAGAUGGAAUGGAGCCGUUGUUAGCGCAUCUGCCUCAAAAACGAAAUUUACAGACGCACUUGCCAUAUUCGCGGCUGCCUCAUCUUCUACCCGCUACCGAUAUUACGCCGACAGUUAAAACAUUAGGAAAUCCUGCUGCCGCGACGCAUAUAAUUGAAGAACAAACUGCAGAGAGUCCAGAAAUAUUAUCCGAAACCACCAGAACACAUAACGAAGAUGAAGUAGAGCCGAAACAAACGAAGCGCAAUAACUUUAGCAUAUCGGCGAUUUUGGCGUUCUAAAAAUUUCGUUUUUAAUCAAUUAUGUUCUAAGUUUUUCUGGCGCA